AAUAAGUCAUUUUGCUAAUUUCUUGGAUUGUCAUUCUAGCAAAUUUCUCCUUUCAAAUGGAUCCAAAUCCCAACUGAAACUCUCCAACGUUAUGCAAUGGUGUCAUCCGAUGUUCUUCUCAUUCCGACCCAAAACCUUCCCUUUCUUCCCUCACUUUCCCUUCCCGCCGCCACAUCUCAGAUGGGUCUCCACCGGAACCACCAAAUCUCUCCCCCAAUUCACUCAAAACCCGGAGGACUAUCUCCGAACGUUCUUUCGUCUCGGCACGAACCAAAACCGCUCCGAUUACGAGCUCGCUUUGGUAUCGGCGUUGAAGUCUUGCUCUUCACUCUCAGCCGUCUUUCAGGGCCAACAAAUCCACUCUCUUGUAUUGAAAUCCGGGCUCGGUUCCAACACUUUCAUUGCCAACAGCUUGAUUAGUAUGUACGCCAAAUGCGGGUUCAUUUCCGAUGCUCGGACGUUGUUUGAUUCUUGUUCUAAGCUCGAUACUGUGUCGUGUAAUAUUAUGGUUUCUGGGUAUGUUAAAUCUGGGCAGUUGGAUAAUGCCCGCCAACUGUUUGAGAUUAUGCCUGGCAAAGGUUGUAUUUCGUAUACUACUAUGAUAAUGGGCCUUGCAAGAAAUGAAUGUUGGAAGGAAGCAACUCAAUUGUUUAAGGACAUGAGGUUUGAGGGUAUUGCCCCGAAUCAGGUGAUGAUGGCGAGCUUGAUCUCAGCCUGUGUGCAUAUUGGCGGGAUUUGGGAUUGCCGAAUGCUUCAUGGAUUGGUUAUCAAGUUGCAGCUUUUGGGGUCUGUUUUUGUGUCAACUAAUUUGUUGAACAUGUAUUGCGCUUGUUCUAGUCUAGGGGAUGCCAAAACAUUGUUUGACGAGAUGCCUGAAAGGAAUAUAGUUUCCUGGAAUGUAAUGCUGAAUGGGUUUUCAAAGGCGGGGCUUGUUGAUCUAGCUAGAGAAUUGUUUGAAAGGAUUCCUGUAAAAGAUGUGGUUUCAUGGGGUACAAUGAUCGAUGGUUAUGUGCAAGUAGAAAGGUUAAGUGAAGCUCUAAUGAUGUGUUGUGCAAUGCUGCACGCUGGACUGCGAGCUAAUGAUGUUAUGGUUGUUGAUUUAGUUUCGGCAUGUGGGCGUUUCAUGGCUUUUGCAGAGGGUCGGCAGAUUCAUGGUGUAAUUGUUAAGGAAGGUUUUGACUGUUAUGACUUUAUACAAGCAACUAUUAUCAACUUUUAUGCAGCUUGUGGUAGCACCAGCCUUGCGCGUCUGCAGUUUGAAGUGGGCAUCAAGGAUCAUCUUGCGUCUUGGAAUGCACUUAUUGCAGGAUACAUAAAAAAUGGGAUGAUCGACCAAGCAAGGCAGUUAUUUGAUGAGAUGCCCGAAAGAGACGUAUUCUCAUGGAGUGCCAUGAUUUCUGGUUAUACGCAGAAUGAGCAGCCUAAUGAGGCUCUGGAGCUCUUCCAUGAAAUGAUAGCUAGUGGGGUCCAAGCAAAUGAAAUUACUAUGGUGAGUGUUUUGUCUGCAAUUGCUACUUUAGGCACAUUGAAAGAAGGAAGAUGGGCCCAUGAAUACAUAUUCAGUAAAUCCAUCCUUCUUAAUGACAAUUUAAGUGCAGCACUCGUCGACAUGUAUGCCAAGUGUGGGAAUGUAAAUACUGCCUUGGAAAUGUUCUAUCAAAUCCGCGACAAGAUUUCCACUGUCUCACCAUGGAAUGCCAUUAUAUGUGGACUUGCCAUGCAUGGAGACGCAAAAUUAGCUCUCAAAAUAUUUUCCGACUUGCAGAGGCGUCACAUAAAACUCAAUGCAAUCACGUUCAUUGGGGUACUAAGUGCCUGUUGCCAUGCUGGUUUAGUUGGGGCUGGAGAGGGAUAUUUCAAGAGUAUGAAGAAUGUGUACAACAUAGAACCUGAUAUCAAGCACUAUGGUUGUAUGGUGGAUCUCUUAGGCAGAGCUGGGCGAUUAGAAGAAGCUGAAGAACUUAUAAAGAGCAUGCCAAUGAAGGCAGAUAUAGUAAUAUGGGGCACGCUAUUGGCAGCAUGCAGAACUCAUGGGAACGUUGAAGUAGGCGAAAGGGCUGCACAAAAUUUAGCGAGGUUGGAACCAUCCCAUGGAGCAGGUAGAGUUCUUCUGUCCAACAUAUAUGCAGAUGUGGGUAGGUGGGAGGAAGCAUUUUUAGUAAGAAGAAACAUGCAAGUUCAAAGAUUGAAGAAAUCUCCAGGGUGUAGCGGCGUUGUAUGAUGGACUAAAGGUCUUGGGAAAUAUUCUUAAAAGUUUUGUGACAUUGAAAGAUAAUUAGUUGAAACUUAGGCCUCGUUCAU